AUGCUGAGAAGUUGUGCUGGUUUGUUCUUCAAAGGUGAGAAGAAGUCUAUGAAAAUUUCAGCACUACGUGUUAUUUCCAAAUGGACGUCAAUAGGGGCUGCAAAGCUGAACUAUCACGAGCGCCGCAGUAUGGACCCGAACAGCGAAGAAGCAAAGUUGCUGUUCGAAAAAGUACUUCAGCAACUUUUUGGUCACAGAACCGAAAAAGAGCGACAGGCCGCUCGCCGCGCAAAAACACAGAACAUCCUUUUCUCAUGCGCGACACUCAGCGAAUUGCGCAGACUUAUUACCCAGGAUAUGAAGAAGCGUGCCGAGCAUAAUGAACCUGAAGAGGUCGCUGCAGCUGAUUUUAGAGGCACUGACCGAACUGUGAUUCGCCAUAUGAUUUUGAACGAUGCGAAUAGCAUGCGCAGUGGAUUAGCAACCAAUGAAGGCAGUGAUAACCGAGUGAAGAUUCUUUACGCUAUCAGUGAAACGUAUUUCGGCGAGUGUUUUGUAGCAGUCCAUUCAUUGGCGCGCCAGAUGCGUUUUGAGUUCCCGUGCCGGAGUUCUAUGGGUGUUUUUCGCACAGGUUACUGUGCGCGUUUUGAUCAAAUCAGCUCGAUCUGUUUUCGCCAGAAGCUUGCAAUCGUCAAGUUAUCGCAUCCGUUGACGAACGACUGCUGUGUAAUGUUGAACGCUGGGCGCAUGCAUCCUAGUGAGCUUCCGAAGGACGUCGACGUGACGUGUGGGAAGUACAAGACGGAACGUGAAGUCGUUGUUCACUAUGACAGAUUAGAAGACGUUUUUCACUGGACUUGUUAUCUACUAAAUGCGGAUCGGCCGUUUUUCGAAGGGAUUAUAACAUACUCGCUUGAAGAUGAGCAACACGACAGAUUCCCGUCACCGCCAGCGGAUCAUCGUUCGCGUCACGCAACUGGGAUUGUUUAUAUUGAGCAGUUGCCGUACACUGAUAGCGAUAACAGUGCGUUCAGUGGAUACACCGGCACAUACGCAGAACGCCCUGAAAAACCGACACUCUCUGUGCGCGAGGUUGGGCUUUUCAGGCACUGUGGCAAAAUGUUCGAUGUUGUGUUAGAAGCAGUGCUUUGA